AUGAAGCUGCUGAUGGUCCUCAUGCUGGCUGCCCUCCCCCUUCUCUGCUACACAGGUUCUGGCUGCCAGCUUAUGGAUGAAGUAGUUGAAAAGACAAUCGAUUCAAAAGUCUCUAUAUCUGUUUAUAAAGAACUUCUUAAAGAGUAUAUAAACAGCAGAACCAUGUCAGAUGCUGUAGGGGAACUUAAACAAUAUUUCCUCAACCAGUCAGAUGAGACUCUGAAGAAUUUCAGAGUAAUGAUGGAAACAAUGUAUGACAGCAUUUAG